AUGUUAAACACUUCUCUUUACAUUUCUUUCUUUAUUUAUUUUUCUUUCUUUCUUUCUUUCUUUUUUCUUUCUUUCUUUUUUUUUCCUUCUUUCCUUCUUUCUUUCUUUCUUUCUUUUUUCUUUCUUUCUUUCUUUCUUUCUUUAUUCCCUUCUUUCUUUAUUUUUUUUCUUUCUUUCUUUCAUUCUUUCUUUCUUUUUUCUUUCUUUCUUUUUUCUUUCUUUCCUUCCUUCUUUCUUUCUUUCUUUCUUCAUUCCAUUCGUUCUUUCUUUCUAUCUUUCUUUUUUACUGAAACCAACACAUUUGAUGAUGAUGAUUCUUCUUCUUCUUCUUCUUCUUCUUCUUCUUCUUCUUCUUCUUCUUCUUCUUCUUCUUCUUCUUCUUCUCCACCACCACCACAACAUACACUCAACGCUUUUCUUUCUUUCUUUCUUUCUUUCUUUCUUUCUUUCUUUCUUUUCCUUCGUCUAUUUUCAUUUAUCCUUCUUUUCACUUCUUUCUUUCUUUCUUUCUUUCUUUCUUUCUUUUCCUUCGUCUAUUUUCAUUUAUCCUUCUUUUCACUUCUUUCUUUCUUUCUUUCUUUCUUUCUUUUCCUUCGUCUAUUUUCAUUUAUCCUUCUUUUCACUUCUUUUCUUUCUUUCUUUUCUUUUUUUCUUUUCCUUCUAUCUAUUUUCAUUUAUCCUAGUAUUUUUUACUUCUUUUCUUUUGAGUUCUUUCUUUCUUUUUCCUUCGUCUAUUUUCAUUUAUCCUUCUUUUCACUUCUUUCUUUCAACGAAAUCUUUUUAUUUCUUUUCUUUUUUCCUUCGUCUAUUUUCAUUUAUCCUUCUUUUUUCACUUCUUUCUUUCUUUCUUUCUUUCUUUUCUUUCUUUUCCUUCAAGUCUGUAUUUUCAUUUAUCCUUCUUUUUUUUCUCUUCUUUCUUUCUUUCUUUUGCUUUCUUUCUUUUUCUUUCUUUUCCUUCGUCUAUUUUCAUUUAUCCUUCUUUUUAAUUGGUUUCUUUCUUUCUUUCUUUUGUUUCUUUCUUUCUUUUCCUUCGUCUAUUUUCAUUUAUCCUUCUUUUCACUUCGUUCUUUCUUUCUUUCUUUCUUUCUUUCUUUUCCUUCGUCUAUUUUUAUUUAUCCUCCUUUUCAUUUCUUUCUUUCUUUUUUUCUUUCUUUCUCAGUCUGUUCUAUCUAUCUCGGGGCAGAGUAA